AUGGGUGGCGGCAAUGGCCAGAAAGCUAAGAUGGCUCGUGAGAAGAACUUGGAGAAGAUGAAAGCCGGCAGCAAAGGUAGUCAGCUGGAUUCUAACAAGAAGGCCAUGACUAUUCAGUGCAAGGUUUGCAUGCAGACAUUCAUGUGUACUACCUCAGAGGUGAAAUGUAGGGAGCAUGCAGAAGCAAAGCACCCUAAAGCUGAUCUCUUCACUUGUUUUCCCCAUCUGAAGAAAUGA